GUUUACUGAAAAAGUCCGCAACUCAAAGUCUAUAAACAGUUUUAAUCUAUAUUGGUUAUUUUUAUUAUGGAAAUUAACAAUGAUAACGGAUACCAAAAUGUUGAUGAUGAUUUGCUAAGUACUGAGGCAACUGAUUUAAAUGUAGUUGGUGGUAAACAGAAGAUUAUUUCUUGUGCAAAAGAAACUUUCGAAAAUGCUUCAAGAUUACUUAGACGUCGUGUGCCUUGCACAGGCUAUUUGAUGACACCAAGACGUUUAUGGUUAAAUAAAAUACCUACACAGCAAUGUGAUGUAGUGAUUGAGUUCUCACCUACUGCCCCGGAUGAAGCUCUUCUUUGGCUGCUUAGUAGACUAAGGGCUCCAAAUCCGGGUCCAUCUUUGACUGUUCAUGUUAGGAAACAUGAUUCUACACAAUGUACAGCAUUUUAUAUUAGUGCAUCAAAUCAAGUUUUAUUACAAGCUGCAGAAGAAAGUCGACUUCCAAAAGCUCUGAAGCCUGAACUCGGUAGUGGAUUAAGGGAAUUUUCAACCAGAGAAGUUAAUUGUUUCCAAAAAUGUGGAGAUUCAUUAUUUACAUCACAAGAAAGGCAAUGGUUAGUAUUGCAAAUUCUUCAAGCAUUGCGUGUAGGUUCUAAAGAUGAAAAUUAUGCUAACGGAACAAUUUUGCCAGAAGGGCAAGCCAUAUUGGCUGGUUGGCAAAUGGCAGGAAUAAUUUCACAAGUUUAUCCCUUGCAUGAAGCGCAAGCUUUAGGAAAACUGCAAGCAACAUGGGUUAGAGAUGUAUUAGCACCACAGCCUUUAGAUGAUAUUUGUAGUUAUUUUGGUGUUAAAGUUGGAUUAUACUUUGCAUGGCUUGGUCAUUAUACUAUGGCAUUGUGCGUUCCAGCUUUGAUAGGCUCAUUGCUUUGGCUAGGUCUUCUAAAUUGUGGGCAGACAGUUCAAGAUAUAGGUUAUGUAUUAUUUUCUGUAUUUAAUGUCAUAUGGGCAUCAUUGUACCUAGAGGCAUGGAGAAGAUAUUCUGUACAACUUGCAUUUCGAUGGGGUACCUUAGGCACUCCUCCUGAUCUGUUAGAGCCUCCCCGACCAAUGUUUACGGGGCCACUUGAACCAAGUCCAGUAACUGGUAGACUUGAACCAGCUGACAUGCCGGCAUGGAAGAGGAAUAUAUUUAGAUUUUUUGUUAGUGGACCUUUGAUUGCUUUAAGUUUGUGUGCAGUAUUUGCUGUUAUGAUAUCAAUGUUACAACUGCAGGAUUGGUGGGAUAAGCAAGUAGCAAAUAGAGGAUUGUGGAGUUGUUUAGGAGUGAUGCCAAAAGUUUUUCUUGCAGCUGCUAUUACUUUAAUGGAUGAAGCUUACUUCAAACUAGCAGUUUGGUUAAAUGACCAAGAGAAUCACAGACUGGAAUCGAAAUACGAAAAUCACUUAAUAGCUAAAGUGGCUUUGUUUCAGUUUGUGAACUCUUUUUUAUCCCUCUUCUACAUUGCAUUUUAUUUACAAGAUCAGGAAAGAUUGCGUGAGCAAUUGGCCGGGUUAUUGAUAGCCAGGCAAGUGAUUGGUAAUUUCAGAGAAUCAGCAUGGCCUUACUUGAUGGAACAGUGGCGCUUAGCAAAAUUAAGUUUCAAAAUUUGGGGGGCGCUCAGUCCUACAGCAGAGAAAAGUGAAACCAAAUUUGAUGACACAACUUCUGAAAAACCAACCACUCCAUUAAGAUCUAUUGGCCAGGCGGAAUUGGAAAGUUCUUUGUACAAAUAUGAAGGUACUUUUUAUGAUCACUUGGAAAUGUUGGUGCAAAUGGGCUAUGUGGUACUUUUCUCUAGCGCAUUUCCUCUUGCUGCUCUUUGUGCACUACUAAAUAAUUUAUUGGAAAUUAGAUCAGAUGCUUUCAAGUUGGUCCAUGUACAUCAAAGACCAUUUGGUCAGAGAGUUGCAAAUAUAGGAACCUGGCAAAGUUCAAUGAGUUUGUUAGCUUUAUUAGCUGUUCUAAUUAAUUGUGCACUAAUUGGUCUUUCUGGCCCUGUCUCGAGAUUGAUGCCUGGACUUACACCAUCUCAAACAAUACUGUUAAUUGUUGUAUUAGAGCACAUGAUGCUCGGACUUCGGUUUGCACUGACUUGGCUUUUGCCUGAGUUACCUGCCUGGCUAGCGGCAGAAAUGGCUCGCGCUGAGCACAUGAGACGUGAGGCUGCCAGAAAAGGAUCAGCAGGUUCUCAGAAAUCAUCUCCACAUUCAUCUCAAGGUUCAACGGCUCAAACUCCACAAAGCAAGCAAAGUAAAGUAGAAGAUGAAAUUAAUAUUGAUGAGGAGGAGUCAAGAAUUUUUGAAGAAAAACUCAUUGGACGGUUUUCUGUAAAAUCUAUGUCAACUGAAGAGGAUGACAACAUGCUUCUACCCUCUACUAUUUUACAACCGCCACCUAGAUCGCCUUCGGCUGUCUCUACAACAAGAUUAUUUUUAUCAGAUGAUAAUACUGUGUCUAUCUCAAGAAGCAUUUCACCAAACCCUACGCCACCUAUAACGCCCACUGUGCCACAGAAGAUUGAAUUAGGCAAAUUAGCUGAAAUACCACCAUUUAAGCCUAGAAAGUCCAAAGAAUGGGUACCUGAGGAAAGUUUGGGUCAUCAUUUGACAAUUGGUCCAGGAGGUGGGGCAGAAUGGGCUAAAAGAUUGAAAGGAGAUGCUGGAAAUAUUCAUAGAAGCACUGAAUGCAUUACCCCAAAGCCUCAAGACCUUGCGGCAAGUUCAGAUUCUGACUUAUUGCGUGCAGCACCUUGGACUGGUAGCGGCUCCGUUUCCCCAAGCCGCGUUGUCAACAGUGUUCCCAGUAUUAAAACCCCUACUGGCUCUGCUCCAACACCAGGACCGUCAUCUUUAGGAAAUGGUGAUACAGUAAAUGUAACUGCCUCAACUGGGCAAACCACUGAAGAAGCUGAAAAAGCUGCAAAGAAGUUGCGUGUUAAACAAAGUUUAGUGAAAAGAGCUCGAUCUGUUGCUAUUUUUUCCUUAAAAUUGAAAGAAAGAAGAGCUAAGGAAGCUGAGAAAGCAGCAGCUAAUUCUGAACCUAAGGUCAAAACACCAACACCACAAUGGGGAUCACCACAUGUAGGGGGUGGAGAAUUAUCAUGUAUCCCCAUUGAAAAACUAAUACAAGUAGAUGAUGUUAUGAAAAAAAGAAAUGGUUCUGGAUCGAGCAAUCAAUGAAAGCAAUGCAAUCAAAUAUAUC